AUGAGUCAACCACACGAAUUCACCAUAAACGACCGAUUAAUUCUCACAGUGGAGAGUGCUUCACAUCUUGUGGCUUCCGAUUUCAAUGGUUUCUCCGAUCCCUAUGUGAAAAUCAUUCUGAACAAGUAUUUGGAGAAAAAAACAAAAAUUAUCAAAAAGACGUUAAAUCCAAUUUGGGAUGAUACCUUUGUGUUUUAUUAUAUUAUGAAUGAAAAAGGACCUGUCACGAUUGGUUUUGAAGUGUACGACUAUGAUCGAUUUUCUCGUAAUGAUUUCCUUGGCAAAGCAACCCUUAUAUUGAAUUCUGACCAAACCGAAAGAGGAAAAACCUACUCGGUGGAACUUCCUUUGAAGAAGGCCAAGUCUGGAUCGAUUAAAAUUCGUUAUAAGGUUGAAUGUUAUGAUCCCAACAAGGGACUGUCGUCGUCACACGGGACAAUGCCCCUCAUGGGAUCGGAAAAUGAAUUCAAACUCAUUUCAGACCUGCCAUUUUCAAAAGUAUUUAAACCUUGCAUUCCAAAGGAGUUUAUGGUCGUGUCAGUCGAUGCACACUCAAAGAAAGGACCAUUUUCUGCAUCGUUUUUGAAUCCUCAAAGCGGGGAUGUCAUUACGGUCAUAUAUCAUCCUUUGGAGCCAAAUGUUUCAUUUGAGGAUGCUGAAAAAGUCUUCAUGAAUGACUAUUUGAACCAUCUGAGAGAGGGUGCAUUAAAGUCUCCGAAUGGACAGUUUGAAAUCAUAUGCCAAGAGCAGGAUGUCACAAAUAAUUUUCAAAGUCACCUCUUGAAAAAGGUGUUAGAGAGUCGAUGCUUGACCACAACUUCAGGAAAACAAAUGAUUUGUGUGAGCUUGACAUGCGACUAUGUCUGCAGGGUAUUGACAAAUUAUGUUUGGAUUAGUAAUGGUUUUAUUCUACCUGAAAGCAAGUAUGCAACUUUGAUGGAAGUCGCUAAACGGUCUGAAGUGACAAAUAUUUCAAAUUAUGAAGCGCAACCAUCGUUGCCUUAA